GUUGCACGAGAGCACAACCCCUUGGUAACCAACGAGCAAGGCCGUACCGCCCUGGGAACUCUCGGCCUAUCCGGCCCAGCGGCUCUGCGGCCGAUUUCAGCGUUGUCGGGAGGGGAGAAGGCGCGGGCGGCAUUGGGUGGACUGUUGUUGCGGCCGCACAACGCACUGCUAUUGGAUGAGCCGUCCAACCAUCUGGAUAGGACGACAAUGAUGGCGCUGGCCUCGGGAUUACAGCAGUUCAAAGGUGCGGUGGUGGUGGUCUCCCACGACCAUGAUUUCUGCGAGCUCUUCCAGCCCACGCAGCUCAUUCGCGUCGACGGCACUGGAAGCUGCGUCUUUGAGCUUCUCCCUCAAGAUGUGACUGCAGGGGAGGGUGACAAAUCCGGUGCCAAUGGCGCUGCUGUUGCUGUUGGUGCUGGUGGUGGUGCUUCUGCUGCGCCUGCUGCUGCUGGUGGCAGGCUGGCGGGUUUGGCAGGGAUGGGGGGCCUGGGAGGAGGGGGGGGAAAGGGAGGGAGGGGAGGUGAGGUGGGGGGAAACGGAGCAGCAUCCUCGCAGGCGUUUCAACAGAGUGUAGAGGUGAAGAAGGUGAAGAAAAAGCUGCAACAGGUACGCACCAAGAUAAAACAAACACUCGCCACUCUGGAGAAGGGGGAUGCAGCCAUUGCGUCGUAUGAUGGGGCGAUGCUGGAAGCUGGGAGUGAUGUGGAACGAGUGAUGAAAAUUCAAAAGAUGAAGGAUGCUGCUCUGGUGAAAAUGACAGAGCUGGAGCAAGAGUGGGAGGAGUUGGAGGAGUCAGCUACACGACUGCAAGCGAGUCGGGAAUUCAUCCCGGCCAUGGGUCACAAGGUGCACAAGCCGGGAGACGAGCAUCGUUUCCAUUCACUGACUCAUCCUCACGUGCACCCGCCAGCCGGCAGUCCGCGCCUCCGACGAACUCGCAUUCCGUCACGCGUGCUUGUGCAAACUAAGGCGGUCCUGUCGCGGCAGGCGAAGCGCCUUGCACGAAAAGCCGACGAGCUCGAACAUGUGAUCUCCAAAGACUUCUGUUACUACGCGAAUGCGAUUCUGGUGGCCUUUCUCGUCUUCUUCCCCAUGAGUCAGCACCUCUUCCUCGUCUGCUUCGCUUUCUCUGAGGGUCCCUUAGCCUGGGCGCUCAUUGUAUGGCGGUGCAGCCUGGUGUUCAGCUCAGUGGACAAGAUCGUGAGCGUGCUGAUACACCUGUUACCCGGUACUGUCAUCUUCAUUAUCCGCUGGUGGGACCCGGUGACCUUCCACCACCACUCAGCGGACGACACGGGCCCCUGGCCUGCUUGGCCGCAUGUGGCGAGUAUGGGCGAGCUGUGGGUGUGGAUGCUCGUCGUGCCGCUCAUCGCCUACAGCCUGUGGCAGAUCCUCUAUUGGUUGGUGGUGGAGGUGCUGAGGAAGCGUCGGCUGGUGAAGGACCCAGAGGUGAUGACGUCAUUCCGGGAACUUUCCAAGAAGGCCUCCCGUGCCAACAACUUCUGGUGGUGGCUGAGCGGUGUGUUGGGGGAUUCGAACCGCUUCUUUAUGUACGCCCUCAUUCAGGGCGUCUUUACGGUGGCCACAGUAGCUCUCACAGUGCCCAUGUUCUGCAGCUACCGCUUCCACGCACUCUUCCAGAUCUUCAAGAUCGCUGCCUCCAUCUGGAACGGGGGAAAUUUCAUAUUCGAUGUGCUGCCACGGCAAGUGCAUGCCAAGCGAAUGAAGAAAGCAGCCAAGGCAGCAGAAGGAAGAGGGGCUAGUAGCGGUACAGAGAAGGACCCUCUGGUGGAAAGCCCGAGCUGGGAUGCGCAUUCGGGUAGCAGGGAGGAGCGCCGGGCAGAAAAACGGGCAUCUGCGGCCGAGGCGGCAGAUGCAGCGGCGUCGUUGGAUGGGGCUUUUGUUCCGCCUAUCAGCGGGGAUUUCCUGUUACCGGGUAACAACUCGUGGAGCCACGUGGGGGUGAAUGGCAGUCUCGCUGCAUACAGGGCAAGUGUGCGGGGCAAAGGGCAUGGAGGGGAGGAGGAAGAGAGUGAUGAUGAGGUACUGUACACCAUGCGUCUGUACGGCAUGCCUGGGGCGCACCAUGCUACUGACGAGGAUGACCUUAGCGAGGACGAAGAAGAUGACCCUGACAGCUCAGCAGAAGCCGGCCCCACCUUACCCCCCCGUCCGUCUCUCUCUGCCUUGCCUGCCCUUCCCCUCUUCCGUGCUAGUCCCUGUGCCUCACUUUCCCAGGCAAAUUCUGCUUCGUCUUCCUCACAGGACCUCAUUGGCUCUCUAAUUUCAGCCCACGCUACAUCCCGUACCUCUUCUGCUCUUCCCCCCCGUCUGUGUAUGUGCCUCUGCCUCCCUCCCAUACCCCAGGCUAAGUCUGCUUCGUCUUCCUCACCGGACCUCAUUGGCUCUCUAAUUUCAGCCCACGCCCCAUCCCUUGCCACGCCAGCCGCCGCUGCUCAUUCCCUCAUUGGCGCCCCACCUUCGUCUGCUGAUGUGACGAAUCUGGCCCUCCCUGCUGUGGCUUCUUUCCACCCAGCUGCUGCUGCUGCUGCCGCUGCUGCUGCCGAUCCUGCUGCUGCAGCUGCCGCGGCUGCUGCUGAUCCAGCCGCCACUGCUGCUGCUAUGGGAAAUAUGAUCCCACAAGCAAAGCGUGCAGCAGCACAGCCCUGUCAACCGGUGCUGCCAGCUGCUGCUGCUGCCUCUGCUGCUGCUGCUGUUUCUGGUGCUUCUCCUGCUGCUGCUGACAGCGGAUCUGGCAGUGGGGGGGACAGCAGCGGCAUGCUCACUCCUCCCACGGGCUCCUCUCCCGCUCUCUCCUUCCAGCCUACCCCAUCCCCCUCGUCCCCGCUCCUCCCCACCCACUCCCCCCUCGACUCAUUAUCUCUCACCCGAAGCUCCGGUGGGGUUGUUGGCCCUGGGCAGGGAACAGUUGGUGGGGCAGGGGCAGGAGGGGGGGCAGGUGCGGGAGUGGCAGGGUCAACCAGGGUGGCAUCAUCUUUUGACAGGCCAGGCUCCCAUGCACCGCCUUCCCAGCAGCAGCAGCUGCCCUCCUCGUCCUCCCACGCUCCUCCUCCUCCUCCCGCCUCCUCCUCCCCAUCAUCUGCUGUUGUUGCGUCGCAAUCCAAGUGGCGCCUCGACCGCUGCCAGAACGGUCCGUGCUUGGCUGAAGUGGUGUGGGUGUUUGCUGCGUGGCUUCGUUUCUUUGAGGAGGCCAGCAGGACGCCCAUUCUCCACCGCCUAUACAAGUUGCCUGUGAUGAAAGCAGUGGGAGUGGUGAAGGCGGCACCAGACCAGAUAUUUGACCUCGUUAUGAGCUUCGGGGAGGAGCGAGCAGAGUGGGACGCCAUGUUUGCAGAGGCGCGAGUGGUGGAGGCUAUUGAUGGCCACACAGACGUGGUGCACAUGUGCUUAAAACGAACCUCGCUGUGGACGAGAUCGAGAGACCUGUGUCUGCUAAGAUACUGGAAGAGAGAAGAAAACGGAACUUACCUCGUGUUCUUCAAGUCCGUCAGCCACCCCAAGUGCCAUCGACCGUGGGGCCGUGUCCGUGCUCUCAUCUACAGUGGUGGCUAUAUCAUAUCACCUCUGCAGCAUAGCGACGGCCCCCUUUCACCCCAGCCUUGCACCUGCGGCCCACCGCCCCCCCGCAAGCCUCGCUCGCAGGUGGAGCACGUGUUAGAGAUGGACGUGUCAGGGUGGUCCUCAUGGAUCGGCAUCGGCCUGUCAUCGCAUCCCGCGCAUCUCCGCGACUCCUUGCUGCUCCGAGUCGCUGGCCUGAGAGAAUAUUUUGCCUGCAGGGGAGGCGCCCCUCUGGCCUACUACUCGCUGGGCAUCCAACGCCAUCUCAUCUUCCCCACCACCUCAGCUAUCAGCACCGGACCCACAGGUGGCUUUAUCUUCUCCGGCCUAGCCUCGGGCUCAGCCACGGGGUCAGGUUCGGGAGCCGGUUCGGGGACGUGGGGCCUGGCGUCCCUGGUUAGCCUCGGAACAGAGGAUGGGAAGAGCCAGGAGGAGACAGGAGGAGGAGGGGGAACAGGGAGAGGAGGAGCAAUAGGGGGAGCAGCAGGAGGGGGGGUGGCUGUGAGUACGGAUAGGGGUUCGGCUGGACUGGGAGGGGCGGUGGCAGCGGCUGUGGUGGCAGCGGCGGCAGCAGCUGUGGCAGCGGGAGGGAAGGGCGAGGUGGGGGGCGAUGGGAGGAGAACCCCCAGGUUGGACCGAGCAUUGUCCAACUUUCUUGAUAUGGAGGACCCCGAUGAGUUCUAUGAGUGCCGCACCAACGCUCCUUCCGAGACGUCUAGUGAUGUGAGUGGCAAGUAUUGUAGGCUGAGCGCCAACGCUCCUUCAGAGACGUCUAGUGAUGUGAGUGAUGAGCAUGCUAGCAAGGGGGGGGUGGGAAUCUGGGGAGGUGGGGAGGGUGGAGAGGAGGGCGUGCUGCAGAGGGGCCUGUCAGGAGACAUGGGCGUGCUGCAGAGGGACCUGUCAGGAGUCAUGGUGGACGGUGUAGAUGCUUCUAAGCUCCCUGAUGACUGGUCCCAUGUGCCUCGGGACCUGACCCCUGACUCCCUUUCUCUGCCUCUCUUCAUCGACUGGACCAAGCUGAGCGGCUCUGUGGCCCCCAACCACUCGGGCAAGGGCAAGAACUGCUGGAGCCGACCGGAUUGCAACGUUUACAAGCUGAGGAGCAGGAGCUAUCUGACAGACGGCAGCAUGGCGCCAGCUGGCGAGCCGCUGUGCCAGCUGGUGGCGGUGGAUUGGCUGCGGCCAGAGAAGCACCCUGCAGCCCACGUGGCAGCCCACAAGAAGUGCCUCGUGCAGAGAGUACGGGCCUGCUAUGGAGACCAGGCGCCGUUCUUCAUCCUCAUCAACCUUCAGGUCCCAGCAGGCAAGGAGGUUUACUCCAUGGUCUUCUAUUUCACAGCAGAGCGCCAUGUGCUCGACCUGCCCUCCAUGCGUCGCUUUAUGGGGGCAGAUGACUCCUACCGCAACAACCGCCUGUCCCUGCUGCCAUCUGUGCCUGAGGGCUCGUGGCUGGUGAAGCAGGCAGUGGGGUCGCACAAUGUGGUGAUGGGGCAGGUGAUGGAGACGGCUUACCACUCCACAGAGGAGUACUUUGAGGUGGAUGUGAACAUGGCAUCAUCAUCAGUGGUGCGAGGCAUCAUGGGCAUGGUCUUUGGAUACAUCACAAACCUCGUGGUCGACAUGGCCUUCUAUCUCAAGGGAGAAACUGAGGACGAGCUACCAGAGCAUAUCCUAGGAGCGGUGAGAUGCUCUACAGACACGAGCGUGUUCUUGAUCAGCCUUUUGCUGCGUCAGCUCAUCUCAGCAAGCGCAUGUUGCCUUUUGAUGCCUCUCCCCUCCCCAUCCAUUCAAACAUCCCACUGGCGGUUAUUUUGUAGUCGUCUCAGAGACCGUCAGCUCAUCCCAAGCCCCCCUUGCUUCCCACAUGUGGCUUGGCCAAAGAAGGUGGAGGGUGGGCUGGUAGCUUCCCUGGAUGUGUGCUGGUGGACAUUCGUAUUACGAGGGAUUGCCUUCAAGAGGCGCCUCACAAACCGUCAGCACAUCCCCAUCCCACAUGUGGCUCGGCCAAAGCAGGUGGAGGAUGGGCUGGUAGCUUCCCUGGAUUUGUGUCGGAAGACUUUCGGAUCGAGAGGCAUUGCCAUCCUGAGCAACUCUGCAGGGUUGAAGCAGUACGACCCUGAUGGCUCCUUGGCAGCAGCAAUGGAGCAGGCCCUGGGGGUGCCUGUGAUUCUUCACUCGGAGAAGAAACCUGGUGGGGGAGCAGCAGAGCUGGAGACACACUUCGGAUGCAGAGCAGAGGAGAUGGUUAUGGUUGGAGAUCGGUGUCUGACAGACAUUGUGUUUGGCAACCGCAACGGGCUUCUCACUGUUUUGACGGCUCCACUUUCUCCAGGGGAAGAUCCCUUAGUUGUCCAGCAGGCUCGCAAGUUUGAAGAUGUGCUUGUGACAACCCUUCACAGACGAGGGGUUCAGGCACCUCCGCAAGUGAAGUUUAGCAGCUCUUACUCUUUUGUCCUGCCUCCUGCUUGCUGCUCACUCCCUCUCAUCGCCCUCGCGCACUCCCCUCCCGUCGCCUUCGCGCACUUCCCUCCCGUCGCCUUCGCGCACACCCGUCCCGUCGCCUUCGCGCACUCCCCUCCCAUCGCCUUCGCGCACUCCCCUCCCGUCGCCUUCGCGCACUCCCCUCCAAAGAGGAUGAUCACUCCCUCCCGUCGCCCACGCUUCCUUCCUGACGCACGAUCACGCUCCCUCCCCUCCCGUCGCCUUUGCGGGACGCCUCUUUCGCCCCUCCUCACUCUCUUCCGUCGCCCACGCUCACUCCCCUCCCGUCGCCCACGCUCACUCCCCUCCCAUCGCUCAUGCUCACUCCCCUUACGUCAUGUACGCGCACACCCAUCCGUCACUACUACCGCUCCCUCCCUCCCGUCGCCCACGCUCCCUCCCCUCUAA